UUCAAGAUGCAUCCAAGGUCAAAUUUUCAGUCCCAAUAUUCAACUUGAAAGGCUUUUGAGUCUUAAAGAUGAAAGGGGACGUUUGUCCAAUCAGACGAGAGGCGGAUGAAGAGGAUAGCGGGUAGACAAAUUUAUUCUUCCUUUUGAUUUCGAGGCAUUGUCCUGUCAAACAGCAUUCAGCUGAGAGCGAGGUCAUCACCAUGCCACUGCCCACUUUGGUUUCCAUGACAACCUCCCCAUCCAUGUCGAAAAGUGAAACAAGACAGUUGGAGAUGAGCAAAGGCCAACGAUGAACUCUUAUUUGAAAAAAACUUUUUUUUAACAUUAUUGCAAUAUUUGUUCCCGUUGACUCGUGUCAACGGGGAAAUUCCACACUUUCUUUGCUAUAUUCAAACUGGUUCUUGUGCAUUUUAUUUAAUACCGGUAAAACCUCCAGUACGAACUCAUUGAGUCACUUAAGGUCAGUCGAAGUUUGUUCUUUUUAAAUUUUUGUUUCAAGAAACCAAAAAAACAAACACAUAAAACAAUCUUAAAAAUCCCGAGGCGCUUCACCAGGAGAGGUGAAGUUAAAAACAGUAAACGCAGAGCUUUCUGUGCUGCAGACAUGGCCACGCUCAGGAACUAUUUGGUGGUUUUACCCCCCAAUCAAACCCCUUAAUGCUGAGUGUCGAGCAGGAAGGCAUUGGGUCCCAUUUUUAAAAUAAUUUGUAUGACCUGACUGUGGAUUUGAACCCAUGAUCUCCCAAUCUCAGGGCGGACACUCAUUUCACUAGAUCACUGAGCUGGUUAAUGUCCGUGGAUGACUUUUAGUUCUGAUCAGUGGCGUCACCCAAAAGGGCCCGAUUUUGUAUGAGAACACAACGGCUGAGAGGACCGAACCAUUGCAUCUUGUCACCUUCCUCUCUCCUAGCUUUUUCCUGUAACUCCUACAGUAGAAACACGGCUUAUGUUGGUGGCGUUGUGGUGGAUUGUUACAUCCCUAGUCAUGGAUGAGAGAUGGGCAGAAAUUCUCAAGGUGAAGGUCAAGCUGCAGGUACUUGGGUUUUUAAUCAGCAGAAGGGAGUCAUCUUUACAUAUUUUAGUCUUACUGCCUUCCUCCACCCAUCUCUUUCUCCAUGAAGCCAGUGAUGCAUCUGUGUUUGUGGUGAGAUCCCUCCUCUGGUCUGGUCUGGUCUGGGUGUGUCUGCUUGCUGACACAUCUACAACUAAACGACUGCCUCUGGUUGGUGGUUUUUAGUCAUGAGGGGUUCAGAUGGCCACAUGGAAAUAUUCUGGUUAAAAAGUCAUGGAUGUUUUCCCCGUCUAGUGACUCUCAUCGCUCAGAGGGAGACAAGUUGAUCCAUCCGACCGGCCGUCUGCCCUCCCUCCUCUUAUCCAAAGACCAUGUCGUGGGGGUAAAUGGUCCAGGAGGGAAUCCAAGAUAUUCCUUCCUACAGCGCCCUUUAGGGAUUCCCAAGUCAUUCCCAGGCCAGAGAGGAUGUGUAAUCUGGGUUUUACCAGGGGUCUCCUGCCAGUUGGAUGUACCUGGAAAACCUUCAAGAGGCAAACUAAUCAGAUUCCCAAACCACCUUGGAUGACUCCUUUUGGUGCAAAGGAGCAGCAUCUGCGUCCAGCUCACCAUAGUUGACCGAGCUCCUAACCUUAUUGCCACCCUAUGAAGGAAGCUCAUUUCAGCUGCCUGUAACCAGGAUUUUUAUUUAUUGGAAAGCCAAAGGUUUGGUAUUUUAAACUUGGCAAUCUAAAACAAGUUUUCUAAGAAAACCUGGAAAAGGUCAUUAAGGAGAUUAGGGAUGACAUAAUGAGCAGCUGUUGCUCACGUUGGUUGCGUCAGAUAAACAUAUUAAAUCUAGAUUUCCUGUUCUGUAGUGAAACUGCACCAUUACCUCCCAGUUGAGCCUGUAAAACCUAUUUAAACCACAGCAUUGAAGAGGAAGUUUGUGCCUGUUUAUGUGCUCUUGCAGAUGCAGAAAACAUUGCUUGUGUAUUGUGAAGUGUUAUCACCGUCGUCUGCUACCAUUCAGUGUCUGCCGACCUUGAGCAGGAAGCUGUGGAGAGUGAAUAGAGCGUCCCGGGGGGGCUUCCACCUUGUGCUGCGUGUGAAGUGGCUGCUAAGAGGCUGUGAACAGGGAGUGCUUUGUUAAUCUGGAAAAUGCCUCUCUUUGAGGGAAGUCUCUGUGAUCCACAGACAGCCCCCAUUCAAUGGAGAUGGGAAGACACAGUUUCCGGUUAUUUCCAUCACCCGUUUUGUCUAAUUAAAUUAAACCCAGCAGCAACGUGUUGUUGGUAAACCAUCAUCACCAUGGCAACAGUAUAAGCCUGUCAUCAAUUCAGUGUCUUAACAUUUUCACAAGUUGGUGUGGGACAAUAGCCGUGUUUCCACAAUAGAAGUUCUGGGAAGGUGAUGGGGAACACACACUCAACAACAAUAUAAACGCAACACCUUUGUUUCUGCUCGAUUUUUCAUGAGAUGGACUUAAAGAUCUAAAAUUCAUUCCAGAUACACAAUAUCACCAUCUCUCUCAAACAUUGUUCACAAAUCAGUCUAAUUGUGUGAUAGUGAGCACUUCUGCUUUGCUGAGAUAAUCCAUCCCACCUCACAGGUGUGCCACAUCAAGAUGCUGAUCCAACAUCAUGAGUAGUGCACAGGUGUACAUUAUACUGCCCACAAUAAAAGGCCACCCUGCAAUGUGCAGUUUCGUCUCAGAGCAAAAUGCCACAGAUGCCACAAGCAUUGAGGGAGCGUGCAAUUGGCACGCUGACAGCAGGAAUGUCAACCAGAUCUGUUUCUCGUGCAUUGAAUGUUCAUUUCUCCACCAUAAGCCGUUUCCAAAGGCGUUUCAGAGAUUAUGGCAGUACAUCCAACCGGCCUCAGAACCGCAGACGACCUGUAACCACACCAGCCCAGGACCUCCACAUCCAACAGGUUCACCUUCAUGAUCGUCCGAGACCAGCCACUCCGAUAGCUGCUGAAACAAUUGGUUUGCAUAACCAAACAAUUUCUGCACAAACUGUCAGAAACCGUCUCAGGGAAGCUCAACUGCAUGCUCGUCGUCCUCAUUGGGGUCUUGACCUGUCUGCAGCUCGUCGCCGUAACAGACUUGAGUGGGCAAAUGCUCACAUUCGAUGGCAUCUGGCAUGUUGGAGAGGUGUUGUCUUCACGGAUGAAUCUCAGUUUACAUUGUUCAGGGCAGAUGGCAGACAGCGUGUGUGGCGUCGUGUGGGUGAGCGCUUUGCUGAUGUCAAUGUUGUGGAUCAAGUGGCCCAUGGUGGUGGUGGGGUUGUUGUAUGGGCAGGCAUCUGUUAUGGACGAAGAACACAGGUGCAUUUUAUUGUUUGCAUUUUGAAUGCAGAGAUACCGUGAUGAGAUCCUGAGGCCCAGUGUUGUGCCGUACAUCCAUGAACAUCACCUCAUGUUUCAGCAAGAUAAUGCAUGUCCUAGAAUACGUGCACUCCGGGGACUGGUUCACGUCGAUAGACCUGAAAGACGCAUACUUCCACAUCCCAGUAAUUCCCAAACACCGGAAGUUCCUGCGCUUUUCAUUCAAGGGAGUUCAAUACCAGUUCAAUCGUCUCCCUUUCGGCUACUCGCUAGCCCCAUGCACCUUCUCCAAAUGUCUGGAGACAUCUCUGCAGCCAUUGCGCACGGCGGGAAUGAGGGUUUUAUAUUACCUGGACGAUCUGCUCCUAUGCGCCCGGUCCAGGGACGAGGCGUCAGAGCAAACCAGGAAGUUAACAGAACAUCUGUCAACCCUGGAGUUUUCCAUAAACUGGGAAAAGAGCUCCAUCCUUCCAUCCCAGUCGAUUGUGUUUCUCGGGGUGGAGCUGAACACCUCCCUAAUGAGAGCACGUUUAUCUCCGGCGAGAGCGGCAGAUCUCACCAUGGUGAUCUCCCGCGUGCAACCCCGCAAGAUCGUGAAAGCCCUGUUAGUUAUGAAACUUCUGGGCACGAUGGCUGCAGCCCACGCUGUGGUGCCGUUAGGUUUACUGCACACGAGACGCCUACAGCGUUGGUUCAUCUGCCUCCGGUUACACCCGAUACAUCAGAAGAGACGUGUGUUGAGGGUCCCCCUUUCAGUGGGCGUGGACCUCGCUCACUGGUGGAAUCCUUGCAUCCUCUCACUGUUUUUACGGAUGCGUCACUGUUGGGUUGGGGGGCACGUGCUUGUCCCAUACAGUGGCAGAUCGCUGGCCCUCCCACAUGCACGAGCACAUAAAUGUGUUUGAACUUAUGACAGUGAGGAAUGUGAUCAGACACUUCGCUUCCCUUCUCGAGGGCCAUCAUGUCGAAGUUCACACAGACCACCAGGUGGCGGAAGCCUACAUAAAUCGCCAAGGGGGAGUUUGAUCCCUCCCACUAUUGUGCGUAGCCACAGAUUUACUGUGUUGGACACAUGUCCACCUGUUGUCCAUUCGGGGAACCAUCUGUGGAUCUGUUAGCGGCUCGCGAAAACGCUCAGUGUCGCCUGUGGUUUUCCCUGAGUCCCCGGGACCACCCCCCGCUCGGAGCGGAUGCCUUCUCACACCAGCCCUGGCCUCAGACGCUCCUGUAUGCGUUUUCCGCCAGUCCCACUGAUUCCCCGACUCCUGGACCGAGUUCGGUCGGAACAGCUCUCGGUAAUUCUGGUAGCUCCCAGACGCUUGUCCGCGUCAUGGUUUCCAGACCUGCAAGCACUGGUGUCCGGCUCCCCGUGGAGGGCGGACGCCCUUCUCCAGGUGGAUGUGAUAAUCAGACAUCCUCCAGAAAUAGGCCAACGGCUGUGGGUCUGGCCGCUGAGCGGUCUCUCUUAGAGGCUUCUGGGCUGCCGCAUGAUGUGGUCGCCACGAUUCAGAGUGCGCGAGCGCCUUCUACCAUCGCAUCUUAUGCUGCUAAAUGGGCAGCUUUCCAGAAAUUGUGCACAGAGCGGAAUGUUCAAACGCUCUCCUGCCAGCUGGCGGAUGUCCUAUCGUUUCUGUAGAUGCUGAUGGACAGAGGUCUCGCAUUCAGCACUAUUAAGACAUAUGCUGCAGCUAUCUCAUCCUGUCACCAGGGUUUUGGAGAUGGAUCUGUUUUCAAUCAUCCCAUCACAAAACGUUUUCUAAAAGGUGUCAGGAGGGACAGACCUGUGUCCCACCCGCUAUUUCCCCAGUGGGACCUAACAGUGGUUCUGCGCGGCUUAUCUGAAGCCCCAUUUGAGCCCUUGGACCAGGUCUCACUCAAGUUCCUGUCACUCAAAAUUGCCUUGCUGCUGGCGCUGGCAUCAGUCAAGAGAGUGAGCGACCUAACCGCCCUCUCAGUGGUUCCCGCAUGCCCCAGGAUCCGGGAAGAUGGCGGGUCUGCUGUUUUAUGCCCCAACCCGGCCUUUGUGCCCAAAAACAUUAAUACUUCCUUCAAAUCCAGGUCAUUUUCAUUGGCUGGACUUUUUCCUCCUCCCCAUAAUUCUGACGAGGAGGCGGCUUCCCACCUUCUCUGCCCGGUGCGCACGCUCGCACGAUAUGUGUCACGCACUUCAGGGAUUCGCCGCUUACAAAGCCUGUUUGUGCACUACAGAGACUCAAGCGCUGUCGACCCAGCGUCUUUCACACUGGCUAUGUGACGCCAUUUCACUUGCUUUAUCUUCAUCAGGGCGGAAUCCUUCUGAGACACUCAGGGCUCACUCAGCCAGAGGUAUUUCCUCUUCUAUGGCGCUCCACAGUGGUGUGUCGAUGGAAGACAUUUAUCAGGCUGCUUCAUGGGCUUCCCCAUGUUCCUUUACUCGUUAUUAUUUAUGAGAUGUGUUUUCAGGAUCCAUCACUUGUUCAGUGCUUGGACCUCAGCAGGCUGAGUGAAAACGUUAUGGCACCACAUCAGCCCUACUUCAAUGAUCCAUAUCCAGACGGUCAUGUGCACAAUCAUUACCUAUGUCCCUCUUGACGGAUCCCAUUGAAUUCAUUGCCCUCUUGUUACCCGGGCUGCUUGUUAUUUUGUCAUCCCUCAUACAUGAGCCGGUGAUUACAUCGAUGGACCAUUAAAAUCAUCCUCUUGCAGAUGAUAUUUUUAGUGGGAACCCCACUCUUUUCUCUGGCUGCCUCAGCCUUUUAACCCCUGGGCUGGGGCAUGAGCAACCCUCGCUAAAAGGGGACAUGUUGGGUGUGUCCAUUUGGUUGAGCUAACCAGUGUGGCGUAAACGCAUCCAGCUGCGCAUUAUUCCAAUAGCAGCUAGCUUAAGGGCCAAGACUAGAUGAAAUAGAACGUUGGUUACGUAUUGUAACCCCAGAUUCUUUGAGUCUAGUCGCAGCCCUUAAGCCAAUGGCCCCAAUGGUUCUGUUAGGACCAAAGCCAUCGGAGGCGAACAGUGGAGUCGCUCCACUUAUAUACCCACAGGGGUGCCCACCAUUGGUGGGCGUACAUUUAGGCUCUUCAUGAUUGGCUGAUGCUGAGAUCACCCUUCCAAUAGCAGCUAGCUUAAGGGCUGCGACUAGACUCAUAGAAUCAGGGGUUACAAUACGUAACCAACGUUCUGAUUCGUAGCGCUGCAGGAUGCAGAAAAAACAGGAUGGUGGGGACUUUUCAUCCACUUGUAGAGUUUAAUCUUUCUUAGUUUUACGAUCAUCGUAUAUUUUUCUGUUUGCCACUUGAUCGUGAGACUGCUACCCGUUAGCUUUAGCAUUAGCCAAUCUGCGUGUAGCUGCACUUUUGAUCCCAAACUUUGGACCGGUUCUGCCUUUGCUGGUUCCUUAAUUUUCCUCCACUGCAUCCAGAUGACCACACUGUACGCCAGUAAAAAGCAUUUUUCUUACACGUAACUUACUUUUGUUCAAUAAAGUUCUGGGGAAAAUAGUAAUUCAAAGAUGUUGCACCAGUGCUACGUUUAAAAAUAGACAGACACGCACAGACAGUUACAGUCCUGCUCUGAUGUGGAAGAGCCUGGGGGUAAAUCAGGACGUCAACAGCACCAACCAUAGAUCUGUACCAACUAGGGAGAAAAGCAAUUUUUGAUCUUCUUUUUCUGCAGCGGUUUUAGUGCUUUUUUGUGCACCGCUGCUGAUACAGCGCCCCUGUAGUGGUGCAAUACUGCAACUGCAGUUAAAAUAACAUCCAUAUAGCUGGGGGCAGAGUGAAAUCAGGCUGGGGCGGCACAACAUUAGCUGGUGGCGGCCAUCACGCAAAUUUGAAUGCAGGAAAAACCCUGUUCUUAUAUUAAUGCUUUCCCUUUUUUAAUUAUUUCUUUCUUAUUUUAAUGCUUUGCUAAAAAUGAUUACCUUUUUUUCUUGUGAUUUUAAUGUUUUUCUAAAAAGUAUCUUAUCCGGGACUCUGUAUCGACAGAUACUCAAAGUCAAAUGAAUCUGAUCGGGAGCAAAAAAACAUGAUCGGAACAUUCUUAUUACAAACUAAGAAUAAGAAAACUAAAGCUCAGACAUCUGGGCUGUGAGUAAAGAUGCCUUUAUUUAUCAUACGUGUGCAUGUGGUCGUGACUCCCUAGUGUCUGCAGGAACGCUGACUCAUGUCAGCAGGUCGGUGAUGGGAGAAAAACCUGACUUUGACCUUGAUGGACCUUCUUCAUCUUUACUGGAUCAGCAAGACUUGAAACUCUGGACUGUUUGUCAUUUAGAUGCUUUUCUGCACAACAAUGAAGUUAUAAAAGGAAAUGAAAUAUGAAGCGGGUUUCAUAAGGAAAUCAUAACAGUACAAACUCUGUUGCUAAAGUUAGAAUGAGAAAUAAAAACAGAAAUAAAUAAAUAAAAUACUUCUAAAGCAGUGAAUAAGUGGCAGCUCUUGCCGUUUAGAAAAUUUUUAUGAUGCUUAUUCAGUGCAUACUGUUUUUAGUCACAUGCAAGUGUUAUGUUUAUUAGAAUGAAUGCUGUUAAUGUUAAAACCCUUAUUGUGCUAUUCUUUACUUUCUUGUUCAUGCUUUAACCAAACUAUUCUCUCAUUGAUUUCUUUUAUUUUUCUUAUUCAGAAACUAUAAAAAGUAUUAAACUUCAAUUUUCAAUGACAUUUAAGAAGUUUCAGUGAUUUUCCUUUAAGAUCUUAUAAUAAUUUGACUUAUAAACAGAUAUUUACUCCUGCCUCACUUGGUGCCAGCAGUCUCAGACCUUUGGGGAAACAAAGUGAUGUUUAUUCUUAAAACGGAUCUUUUGCACCACAAAGUGGUCGCUGUUAGAGGUGGAAACUCGACUGGACUCUGUGAUGAUGAAACAUCAAUAAAUCCAUCAGUUUAAUUGAUCUGUUUAUUUAGAUCUGGCCUGAGCUCCCACCG